AUGGACUAUGCACGAAUGCCGAUUGAAAUCGAAUCACCUGAACAAAUGGGUUAUGAAAAUGUGAAAUACAACUUAACGGAAAGUUCGGUAACUGAUAUGAAACUCGGUGAUUUGAAUCUAAACUUACAAGAACUUAUUAUUGCCUAUGGAGAUCAUAUUGGUCAUCCUAAAUUACGGGAAUUGAUUGCGAAAGAUUCCGGUGUAACACCAGAAGAUGUUUUGCUUACUGCAGGUGCAGCUACGGCUCUGUUCAUUGUUUCGACGACACUUCUGUCGAAAAAUGAUCGCAUUCUUGUCGAACAUCCGAAUUACGCGACCAAUAUCGAAACACCACGUGCUAUCGGUGCUCAUGUUGAUUUUCUUCAGUUACAAUUCGAAAAUGGAUUCCGUUUGCCACCUAUCGAUGCUAUCGAAAGUAAAAUCCAACCAAACCAAACUAAAUUACUAAGUAUUACUGUUCCAAACAAUCCAACUGGUGUGGUUAUAUCUCGUCAAGAGCUUGACAAACUUGUUGAUCUAACCAAAGAGAAGGGAGUUACUUUAUUGGUCGAUGAGACAUAUCGUGAUAUGACUUAUACAAAUCUGCUGCCGGUCGCUGCAUCACUUGCUCCACAUGUUAUAUCGGUUUCGUCGCUGUCGAAAACAUAUGGUCUUCCAGGAAUUCGAAUGGGAUGGUUGAUUUGUCAAAACAAAAGUUUAAUGACGAAAUUUCUUGCUGCUAAAGAACAAAUUAUGGUUUGUGGCUCCGUUGUCGAUGAAGAAAUCGCUUAUCGAUUCAUGUUAACGCGUAAUCAACGCUUACCAUCGAUUUUAGAUGAAAUUCAAGUGCGAUUGCAAAUCACGAAAGAAUGGAUGAGUCAAUCGAGUAAAUAUCUCGAAUGGGUAGAACCGCAAGGUGGUGUUGUUUGUUUUCCAAGAAUAAAAGUUGAUAUUAAUCCUGAAGAUUUUUACAAUGUGCUGAACAACACAUUGAAAACAUUCGUUGGACCAGGCCAUUGGUUUCAAAUGGAGAGAAAAUUCAUGCGAAUUGGAUACGGAUGGCCAGCAACACAUGAAGAAUUAAAACAAGGCUUACAAAACAUCGUAUCAGCAAUCGAAACUUGUCUGAACAAAGCUUAG